CUACGAUCAGUCGGAAUUCAUAUUCAUACCAGAUCAUGCAGCGAACAUCAAACCUUAUACACAGAUGACAGGCCGCAUGUCCCACGAACAGCCUUUCAACAGCCCUUAUCUUGCUCCAUCACCACCACCGCCAGUACUGCAGCAUCGAUUCGUUCAAAAUGUUCAAAAAAGCAUCUCACUUGAAUUUUGGAACUGCGAACUUGAGCAUCGUCCACGGAAAUCAGAACAUUAUCCAUUGUCUGCAGCACGAACAUCAAGUACCUGGUCCGGGGGAGGAAGAAUGGAAAGUGAAGCUGCAUCGGGAGUAUGACCGAUUUCCUGCAGGGAGAAUCAAGAUUCUCGAAACUUUCACUGAAAAUAGAGUGUGGCGAGGAGAAUAUGAAGACGAUUCUGUAAAUCUCAGUUGGGACGAAGGACGGGACAAUUCGAGAGCAAAACGGACCACACACCUGGCUUGUCUUGUCAAAGGGAUGAAAGAGUCUUUGCCGUUCUUAAGUAUCGCAUACACUGGACCCGAUGCACAAAAGGUAUUUAAGCGGGAUUGCCUCAGAUAUUCACAAAACCGGUAUGGAAACGUCGCACAGCUACGAGGAUUUAAUGACUCGGAUAUUCCGAUGGUUUUAUUUCACGAAGAACUGAUUCCAGUACAACAUAUUCAACGGCACCAUAAAUCCUCGACAGCUCUGCGAUGCUAUCUCUCUCUCCAAGCCUGCAUCGCAAAGAAGAACCUGCCUGAAUGGUGUCCGACGGUGCAGAUUUUCUAUUUUUGCGACAAUGUGUGGAUUCAACCAAGAAAUGGAAGAAUAUCUUUUGGCCCAAGGGGACCUUGGCCCGAUUUCUUUGACGUCAACGCUGAUCCCGAGUGGCAGCUCGAAAGUUGGUCAGACAAGCCGGUUCUUCACCCUGCGACGUACAGCGCUGAUCGUAUUACCGAGUACCUGAUCAAGUAUUGCCCGGUUCAACUCUUCUUGGACCUUCUCGACUUGACAUGCAGACGGAGCAACAUGUAUCCAAAAACAGAAGACUGGCCGCGUCAUACAUGUCAUGUUUGGGAUCGUUUUUCUGGCCGACCUAUUGCAAGAUUCCGGUCCGAAUGGACGUAUAAAACAGAUUAUUCCUGGUUUGAUGAAGAAAAACUCCACCCAAUCACGAUGGAAGAUGGAAGGACACGCCUUUCUAUAAAUUCAACAGCUCGGUUGCAUAUGCAAGAAGAUUUGCUUUUAGGGUUCAGAUAUGAAAUAGAUAUUCCAUGGCAUCAGCGACGUCCCGGAUGGCUAUCUCAAGCGUGCAGCAUUUUCAACACGCUGAAUAUACCAAAGGAUAAAUGGUCAGACUACGAUUUCAUUGACUGGAUUUACUUGGAUCUCGAUCUCGGAACCUUGGAUCAUGACGUUGAAGACGACUUUGACACAAUUGCCCCCAAUAAUGAUGAACCUGACUAUUACCUGUUUCUACUUCCUCCUCCUCCGUCCCUUCCUGGUGGAUUUCCCGAUAUACACGCAUGGAUGUCAGGGAAGAAUUUAUACUAUUAUUCCUUGGAUCCUAACGGGAAAUCUGUCAUGACAGAAUCCCAACGUUUGUCAUUUCGGCUCCCUCCCAUUGUUCCAGAUUUUAGAUAUCGCGGAUGGUCCUGGAACUCUGAUGUGUACGAUAUAAUUUCGGCAUGGCAAGAAAAGAAAGGUUUCGAUCCCACCACGACGGAGUUCGCUCGUUCCUUGGGCUAUCCUAUCAUGGAAGUAACAUAUUCUACGGAUGACGGAUGUUUUGAGGAUCUCUUUGAAAACACAGACAGGGUCGGUACUGGAGACGAGGGAGCCAUGGACAUAGACAUGUUGACACCUUUUCCCCACCUGCCAGGUAUUGGUUCAGCGUUCGAUCAGUUCCAACCUACAGGCGACGACAAGAUGAUAAUGGUGGAUGACUCCUCAUUCAUGGACACAGUCAUGGAAGUGGACUAA